AUGGACAAACGUCAAUCCUUUCAAAGGGCCGCAGACGAAAAUAACCACCCUGGCACAUGCUGGGAGUUUGAGCGAACUGGUACUUGCAAAUUUGGCAAACGAUGCCGCUAUCAGCAUCCAGCUACCUCCGCGAAGUUGGCCAAGGAGCCUCCAACUGAACUUACAGGCUUCUUUGACAAUAAUGGACUUGGAGUCUCUACACAGAGAAUCGACGGCAAACUGCGCGAGUGGAAGCGUCUACUCGGCAAUGGAGUUACAGCCUCACGCCCGCCGCCGGCAGUCGUGAGCCGAUUCUUUAAACUCGGCCUGGAGCUCAUGGAAGGGGACGUCGGUUCAUCGCAAGAGGUUAUUAAACGCCUCGCAAACGAUCAAGGUCUUCCAUUUGUAAAGGACGUUGUCGAACGUCAUCUUGCUGUGGCUCUUCAGAUGGACCCCAGCAUGACAUUCUGGAACACAGAAGUGAAGCCACUGUUCCAGUUGAUCACUCACCCCCGAGUUAUCCACUCGUCCGUUCUGGAGCAAGAGGUUAUGACGAUUUUCAACUUUAUUCUUGGAGUUGGAGGGUCUCGCAUGAACAGACUCUUUGGAUACCUGGUGCUGCUCGUGACAAAGUGGCCCGACGCAACCGAUAUCAUAUCCAAGAUGUCGGCGGUAGAACUUUCACUCGCAGUCUUGUCCAAAGUUCUCGAUUGCAAUACUAUCAACAUCGUCAACCAGAACUUCGCUACACUAGCCACCCAGUUUGCAGAAAUCGUUGCCACAAUCUCGGAUGAGCAGGAAACCUUUGCCACUCUACAGUCUGUGAAGUACAUCGAUUAUAUCAGGCGACGGCUGCAAGUCGGCGACGACAUUCCCGAAAUGUCUGGUCCAACAAGGGACCCAGUUGUGAGAGAGGAAUUCGUCUUGCGCAGAGACCUUCCAGGGACCUUGUCGGCAGAAGGGCCAAGACACGACAACGAUUUUGCAGACAUGUCGAAAAUCAGCAUUCUUCCAACCUGCGAAGAAAUCAUGUCGCCUCGAGCAGAAUAUCUCCCCACCAGCGACAGCUCUCAGUGGCACGUUGGAGGUAUUCGCGGCCGUCUCGACAGAGAAUUCCGCCUCCUGCGCGAGGAUACAGUCGGCCAGCUCAGAGAUACAGUGAGAGAUGUACUUGAACACUUGAGAAGGCCCCAGGAGGCGCAGACCGCGAUCAAGAACACUCUGAGAACAUAUACAUACGAGAACCCCGUCCCGAUGAAGGUCGAUUUUCGCCGGAAUGGUGGUCUCGAACUGCAGGUUCGUUGUAGCCAGUUGAUGGCUGUCGCCAAACUCGCCAAGAAACAACGAGAAGAGUGGUGGCAACGCAGCCGUAGGCUCCAGGCUGGUGCACUUGUCUGUGUGAUUUCUGCCUCCGGUCUAGUCCAAUUCUUUGUUGUUUCUCAGUCGACAUUGAGAAGCCAGAGUGAACCACGCUUUCAGCGACCAAAAGACAAAAUGGCAAGCACUGAUGGAGGAGACGAACAGCAAGUUUACACCCUAUCAGACGACCCAGAAUAUUUAUUUGUUACUCUGCAACUUGUCGAAGAUGAAGUCGAAGAUGUAAAGGAAUUGCUUCAGUGGUAUGAUGUUAGCGACCAACACCAACACCGCUACCUUGUUGAGUUUCCCGGUGUUCUCCUCGACUCAUUUAGGCAUACACUCGCAGCCCUUCAACAGAUGUAUGAACAUCAAGAUAUACCUUUCAGUCGAAUAUUUGCUCCUGCUUCAGAUGCUGGGGCUGAAGUGGUCGUUGAGCCACCUGGCUAUGCCAGGGAGCCCGGGUUCUAUUAUGAUCUCAGCUGUCUCCAGGAUGGCCUUUUCGUGUCUCCUACAAACUUGCCAGAUCCGAGUGAACUAGCGGCGGUUUCAACUCUUGAUGUAACACAAUCAGCUGCGCUUUUGAACACCUUGUCUAGAGAAAUUUCUCUCAUUCAGGGUCCACCUGGGACUGGCAAGAGCUACACCGGAGAGAAGAUCAUCCAGGUGCUGCUGGGGAACAAGAAACGGGCCAAGCUAGGACCGAUUUUAUGUGUGUGCUACACAAACCAUGCUUUGGAUCAACUGCUUGAGCAUCUUUUGGAUGCCGGGGUAGAAGGCGUAAUACGAAUGGGUUCCCAGUCAAAGUCGGAUAGAAUGACAAAUCUCAACCUGCAGAACGUCGUCAAGAGGUUUGAAAAAACAAAAGCAGAAGCCGCAAAGCUAGGUCAAGCCGAGGGCGGUAUAAAGCAAGUUAUUCAAGCAGUUGGUUGUGCUCUUCAAGAAUUGGCGGACUGCGAAACCUGGGGCACCCUCAAAGCAUUUCUCCUGGAGAACUAUCCCCAUCAAUAUGAAAGUAUCUUCCCGUCAGAGGAAGAUGGAUGGAUCAAAGUCACGCGUCACAAGCCGGAACAGAGAUUUGAAAGAUGGUUGUAUACAGGAGACGAUAUCGACGCUGUGCCGAGAGACAUUUCCACCCUGGAGCAGUCGGAUUUGUGGGAGAUGAAUCAGCCUGAGAGGGUGGUGUUGUUUGAAUACUGGAUGAAAAGAAUCAGAGAUCCCAUCACACUUUUGAUUUCUGAGCUCCAUGAGGAGUACUCGGGACACAUCCAGGAGCGGUCCAAGGUCAGCAACGAGGUGAGCCUUCGCUGCCUUGGGCAGGCCAACGUCAUAGGCCUUACAACGACAGGCCUAGCCAAGAAUAUAAAGCUCCUCCGCAGUUUAAGCAGCAAAGUUAUGCUUUGCGAAGAAGCAGGCGAAGUACUGGAAGCUCACAUAUUGACAGCCCUGCUUCCGUCCUUGGAGCAUGCAAUCCUGAUUGGUGACCAUCUGCAGCUUCGGCCUCAAAUCAACAACUAUGAGCUGCAAAGCACUAAUCCGUGCGGUGUCCAGUACUCUUUGGACAUGUCACUAUUUGAGAGACUAGUCAUACCGCCGCAUGCUACGGAUCCUCGUUUCCCAUUCAGCUCUUUGGAGACACAGCGCCGGAUGCACCCAUCGAUCUCGGCGCUCAUCAGGCCGACGCUGUAUCCGGAUCUCAACGACUCCGAGGGCGUCCACAUGUAUCCCCAGGUGGUUGGCGUGAAGAAAAGGCUAUUCUGGAUGCAUCAUGAACAACUCGAAGCCGGGGCCUCAGCGCAAGAUCCCUUGAAUACAUCUCACUCCAACGACUUUGAAGUGGAGAUGACAACGGCGCUUGUAUCUCAUCUUGUCCGACAGGGCGAGUACCAGCAGGGGCAGAUAGCGGUGUUGACUCCUUACCUCGGCCAGCUUCACAGGCUUCGUCAUCGUAUGGCUUCGAUAUUUGAGAUUUCUCUCAAUGAAAGGGACCGGGAUGAGCUGGCGGCCUUGGAGAUUGACGGGGACCUUUCUUCAACGUCGAGUCCACAAAAUGCGAGCAAAAGCUCUCUCCUCAAAACCAUCAGAAUCGCCACUGUUGACAACUUCCAGGGAGAGGAAGCCGAAGUCAUUGUCAUUUCGCUCGUCAGGAGCAACACUCAAAACAGAUGUGGGUUUCUCAGCACACCCAACAGAAUCAACGUGCUCUUGUCUCGCGCAAAACAUGGAAUGUACAUCAUCGGCAACUCAAACACGUACAGAAAUGUGCCCAUGUGGAAUGACGUGAUCCAAAUUAUGGACGCACAAGGAAACAUUGGCACAAGCAUCCCACUUCAGUGUCCGCGCCAUCCAGAUAGACCGAUCCUGGUAAGCCAGCCAGAUGACUUCCUUCUGUAUGCGCCAGAGAGCGGAUGCAAUCUUGCUUGUCGAAUGAGACUUAAAUGCGGCCAUCCCUGCCUGGGGCGGUGCCAUUCCGAAAUCCUUCACAAUGCUGUCAAGUGUCGGGAGCCAUGUCCGCGCUCAAUGAAGGGUUGCGACCACCAAUGUCCUCAGCGGUGCGGCGACCUCUGCCCCCAAAUGUGCUCGUUUCUCGUGAAAGACGUCAAUAUCAACCUACCAUGUGGGCAUGAAGUCAAGGACGCGCGAUGUUGGAAGGUGCAGGACCCUACGACGAUCAAGUGUGAAGUGCGGGUUACCAAAACCGUCCCUGGGUGUGAGCAUGAAGUGGUGGUUGCGUGUUGGCAAGACGUGAACCGAGAGAAUUACGUUUGCGAUGCUUCUUGUGGCGGGCAUCUUCCAUGUGGACAUGAUUGCAAACAACCUUGCUUCGACUGCAACGUUCGAACAAACAAAAUUGUCAUUCGCACCAUGCACAAGCCCUGUAAGCAGAUAUGCGGCCGGGGCUUCUCGACAUGUCGACAUAACUGCGGUCAGAAGUGCCAUGAAGGGCAACAAUGCCCUCCCUGCGAGGAGCCCUGCGAGUCUGAACCAUUCUCGAUGGACGGCUCCGGGGUGCGUGUUUGCGCAACGUGCAGAGGGUCGCUCCGAAACAUUGCAAGAUACGGCCGAAUCGUCCGCCGCGCGAUUCUCGACGAGGCCACAAAGAAGUUUAUUUCCUGGUCGCACAAGCAAUACGGGCUACUUUCCUCGAGGUACUUGGAGGAGCAAGAAGCCCUUGGCGACGCUGAGGUCUUGGGGGCCGCCACAGCCCGCGCGGAGCUCCAACGCUCCAAGUCGUCAGCUUUACGAUUUUUGUAUCUGGAUUGUCUGGAAGAACACGUCCUGAGCGAGCGGUACGGCGACUUGCUCGCAACAUGGGUGGAUAUUCGCCUUUUCGCCAACGAUGUCAAGGUAGAUGAGCAGCCCUUCCAACGAGUCGCCGACCUGGUCCGCCACGCCAACCGCCAGCACAAAACAAACAAGGAAUUCAGGUUCGACGAAACCGUCAUUCAAAUGAAGGGCUACAUUCUCGCUCGCACGCUGCUCCUCAAGUGCGAGAUGACAAUCUUGAACGAUUUCUUCGCCCGGUGCGACGGCAGGGCUCGGCUGCCCGUGAAAUUUGUCAUCAACUUUACGCAGCAGUUUCGGGAUUGCGAGGAGGUAAUCCAGCUCGCGAACGAAUCGGUGCACCCCAAAGAAGAGGUCCAGGCGCUCAUAUUCGAGGCCCAGCUUUGCGCGCUGUCAUGCAAGGUCGAUGCUUGCUCGGUGCCGCCGGGAUUCAAAGGCGGCGCUGCGCCCGACAAGGAUACCGUACAGGCGUAUGGGUUUGCGCUCCUAGAGAGAGCCAGGGAGAUGGCUCAGAUGUACCCGUCUACAAUGAUAUUCGCAGGCGAGAUUGACGCUGUCGAGAGCUCUCUCGAUGGGUCGUACCAAACACUUAGCAAAGAGGAGAUGCGUAAUAUUGUCGAGGCCAUGGCUGGGGAUAUAGGAACCGGGGGGCGAUGGUAUUAUUGUGAGAACGGCCAUCCGUUUACGAUUGGAGAAUGCGGGAGGCCCAUGGAAGAAGCGCGAUGCUCCGAGUGCGGUGCUCGAAUCGGCGGUCGGAACCACACGCUGGUGCAUGGAGUGGGCGAGGCCACUGAGCUCAAUCAGAUCACGCGUGGAAUGGGGAGGAUAGUGCUGUAG